AUGGAUAUUUCCGAAGACAUGUCUUUGUGCCCCAUUCCAAAGCGGGAUCUGGAGUUGGGGGAUAAUGGCAUCCACGGCGAGGCCGAUUAUCCUCAAACCAAGCGGCUCAGGCUUGACGAGCAUCUCGUCAGCGUGUCCAGCUCCAAUUCGGGCAUGACAACUCCCUGGGGAUCUUUCGGCCCGCACAAUCAUCAAGAUACUGUACAACAGGAGCAAAUUCGGGGCGGGCUCCCUCUUCCAUAUGCGCAAGAUACCCGCUUUCUAGAAGCGCAAGUACUUCAACCAAAUCUCUUACCUCCUCCCCCACUUCAAGUCUGUGCCCCGCAUUACCGCGACAUGAAUGACCAGGACUUGCCAAGGGCCCAGGAGUAUGAUGCAGGUCAUAUAUGUUUUGGAAUGCUGAAAAACAUCCAAAUCCGUAUUGACUGCGUCGAAGACCGGUCAUCUCUAUGCUUUGAUGAACUUUCAGAUGAAUAUGAAGAUUUUGCCUUAUUACAUCUCUUCAUACAGGAUGACCGUUGUGAUCUUCUAUCAAAACAAGGAACCUGCGUCGCUACACUGAAUACCAAAACUCACCAUGCACUUAGCUUCAUGAGGCUACCAGAGCCCCCAACCUGGCUAGGUGUAAUACCAAAGUUCGAGCUCCACCAGAGAAUGAAGAUUGUAGCAGAGUCUUCACCUUCCGCUCGGUGGUCGUCGAAGGCUACAUGUACAAUGUCCAUCCUCGUAAUCGGUUCGCCUUCGAUCGCUCAAAUCCUAGCAAGGGAGCUCGCUCGGUACCAUUUAUUUUUGCAACACCCAAACCCAAAGCCUGAAUACCUCGAGUACAACAAUCCACAGUAUUUGUCCGGUGUGGGAGCGCAGUGUCUUAACCGGCCGACCCUACCGCCUAUUUUGGGGAACACCAAGCAGAACGAUACAGACGGCCUCGACGUUCUGGGUAAAGCAGGCCAAGGCCAUGAUAGUUGCGAUUAUGAUGAUGAUGAUGAUGCUCGAGCGAUCCUUGAUGAUUUUCCGCAGCAGGCUUUGCGAAACGAGAUAGACGUCGACAAACGUAUUCGAACAAAGCUUGAAAGGCAUCAGCUGGAAGCAGUAGACUUUAUCCUGUCUCGAGAAUCAGCCUGUUCUCGAACUAAGAACACACUGUGGCGUCUUGAAAUCUGGAACUGGAAAGAGCACGUGAAAGCGCACAGAUAUAAGCACACAAUAACUGGCACGAGAAGCCCAGAGCCCGUGGACAUUCGUGGCGGGAUUCUUGCGGAUGAUAUGGGUGUGGGAAAGACCCUCAGCAUGAUUGCCAGCAUAGUGUCAUCACCACCCAGUGAUAUAACAACGUUAGAGAAACCGGCAGACUCGAGUUCUACUUUUGCGAAAUCCACGCUUGUUGUCGUGCCUUCUAUUUUAUUGCUGCACGGUUGGAUUGACGAAGUCAAAAAGCACCUCAUUCCCGGAGCCCUGAAAUAUUACAAGUAUCAUGGCCCAAGGCGUUGCAUCAGUUUGUCAUCGCCCCCUUCAGAUGAUAUUGUUUUCACAACUUAUGCCACUAUUGAAGCGGAUUUCAGUAGCAGCGGCGGGAAAAGUGUACUUAACAAAAUUCACUGGCACAGGUUGAUACUCGAUGAAGCUCACGUUAUACGAAACUCCUCCACGAAACAAUUCAAGGCGAUCCAGCACAUUUCGGCCUCAAUUCGCUGGUGCAUGACAGGGACACCCAUACAGAACUCGCUCAAGGAUCUCGCGUCGCUCGUUCUGUUCCUCCGCAUCCCGUACUUGAACAGCGUUGUGGGCUUCCGCAAAUACAUGACAAAAACGUCGUCUAGAUCCGCUCGUAGUGUCCAACCUAAUUAUGCCAACCUCGAGUGUCUUCUCUCAGCCAUCUGCCUGAGACGUAGAAUGUCAACGGUAUUCCCAGCUCUCGGGGGCACUUUCAUCACGUAUCGUCCGUUGUUCUCGGAGGCCGAACGCAGAGUCUACGAUGAGCUGAUCAAGGCUUACGACAGGCGGCUUAAAGCUGCAAUAAACAUGCCAACCUCGAAAGGACGAGCAGAUAAGCUGAUUCUGACAGCUAAAUUGCGGUUGCGCAUGUUUUGCAACACCGGUCUGAGAAGUGUGUUUCUCGGCGGAGGAAGGUCCGAUAAUGAUACAGACGCUCUGAAUCUAUCGUCGGACGAAAUAGUCACGCUACUCCAACAGGAUGAACAGAACACUUGCUCUAUUUGUGGCAUGGAGAUACUGACCUUAGAUUCCGAGGACGAAGACGAAGAUAAGAGCAGAAGUAUUAUGGAGGAUAGGGAGAGUCAAUAUGACCCUGAGGCUCCAAUAACAGCAAACACAACGGCGACAACAACAACAAACCUAACAUCCGAUGAUGAUGAUGAUGGAACGACAGACAGUGGGCAGACCAUCAGCGCCGAACAGGGCUUUCUCGAUACUGUUGGUUCUCAACGGGCCAGUAUUGCCUAUCCUUCAAAAUUGGCGACUCUACUUACCGAUAUACGAAACCAUUAUUCGGAAGAUAAAAGCAUAGUCUUUUCUUUCUGGAGACAAAGCCUCGAUGUCUUGGGUGAGAUGUUCGACCAGAAUGGUAUCUCUCAUUGCCGGGUCGAUGGUAUCAUGAGCCCGAUGAAACGGAAGACUAUGUUGGAGGAGUUCCAGCACAACUCAGCUGUCCGGGUGCUCUUGAUGACUAUAGGGACGGGCGCUGUAGGAUUGAAUAACUUGUCCGUCGCGAGUCGGGUCCACAUACUGGAACCGCAAUGGAACCCGUCGGUGGAGAGUCAGGCAAUCGGACGAGCACUACGUUGGGGUCAGGGUAAGAAGACUUUUGUCAUUCGCUAUGUGAUGGAGGACACGGUUGAAAAGAUCAUUGAGAGUGGUCAAUUACGGAAGCUGCAGCUCUCAUUGGAUGAGCGUGAACUACGGUGA